UAAGCAAACAACACCACAAGUACUGUAACAAUAAAAAGAGACUUUAUUUUUGUACUACUACCACUCUACCACUACUUCAUAAAUUUUUUUAACACUUUCUUCUAAUUUUUCCUUUACACGUUUCAUCAAACGGUCAGCAUUUCUUAUCACUUCCCUUAUAAAUACCCUUCUCCUCUUCUUUCUCAAAUCUCCUAGAACUAGUAGCACUGGGAUAAGUUAGGUCCCAGUUAUUGCAAAAAAAACAUCAACAAAAAUGAAAUUUCCAACACUCAAAGUGGCUCUAAUAUCAUCUGGAGUUUUAUCAAUGGCGGUGGCGUUGAAGCUUACGGUACCAAUUGUUUCACACUUCAUCCUCAACGAAGCUCCAACCAUCUGGUCCUUUAUCCUCACAUGCUUCACACCGCCUUAUCUCUAUCUCCUCAUCAACCUCAUCAUCCUCACCAUCGUUCUUACCUCUAAAUUCCAUAAUCAUAACCACCACUCCUUGCCGGAGCCUCUUCCUUUCGCUGCCAACUUUGACGGAACACCUUCUCCCGUCCAGAUCCCUGCGCCUGUACCAGUCGAGAUCUCAGAAAUCACACCGCUAACUAACUAUAAUGCCUUCGUUUCAGAAGGAUCCACUUACGAAGUGAAAACUGAUGAAACAGUUGCGGUAGGUAACGAAUCUAACGUUUCUUCUGUUUACAUCCUCGACGAAAAUACUCCGGCGAAAACGACGGUUAUCGAAGCCGCUGAUGACUCUGUUCUCGUUCCGAGCUUGAAGAAGAACUCGUCUGAGUUUGCGUUUCACGAUGAGAACGAGAAACCUCCGGUUUCUUCAAGGUUCAGGAAAGCCGUUAGAUCAAGUCCCGAAGGAGGAAAGCUGAAUGCGUUGAGAGUGACAAAGACGAAGAAGCAAGACACGUUGGAGAAUACAUGGAAGACGAUAACGGAAGGGAGAGCGAUGCCGUUAAAUAGGCAUCUGAAAAAGUCGGACACGUUCGAAUCACAACCGCGCCGUAGCGGUGUGCCGUUAGCUGAUUUGAACGGCGGAGUAGGAGGAGGCGGCGGUGUUCCCGUGAUGAAGAAAUCGGAGACGUUUGGUGGAAGGGAGAAGAGUGUUUCUCCCGGAUCCGGAGGGAAGAUGAGGAAGGAAUCGUCGCUGAGUCAGGACGAGUUGAAUCGGCGAGUUGAAGCGUUCAUCAACAAGUUUAACGCGGAGAUGAGGUUGCAGCGGCAGGAAUCGCUGAGGCAGUAUCGGGAAAUGGUGGAUGGGAGAACUUGCUGACGUGGGAGAUGGAAUCCAACGGUCAUAUUUUGGGAAAAUGUAAAUUUAAUGGUGGAAUUUGCUGACGUGGCAGAUAUAAUCCAACGGUUCCUUUAUUUUUGGUGAUGUUCAAUCGAGAUAGUGACUGAACAGUGAACUAUGGUUUUUUUAAUGUUGAAUUGGUUUUCUUAGGAAAAGAAAAGAAAACAUAUAUAAGGUUUUGUUAUGUUUUGGGAUAUUAUUCAGUUUUCUUCAAGAUUUUUUUGUUCUUUAUUAUGUUUAUAGAGUGCUUUGUUUGAAAUCAAAAUAAAUGACGAGGGAAUAGUA